AUGUCCACCACGACGACCGUCCAGACCGACCAAGAGACUCUGGUCACCAAGCUGCAGGCAGCGUUCGACGAGAAGACGCAUGAGGGGUACAAAUACAAACGCUACCUCCCCGUCUACGACACCGUCACCAAAUUCCCUCCCCUCGAACCCUUCGACUUCCACGACCGCGGCCACCUCGCCGACAAGGACAAGCCGAACCUCCUCCAGCCAGACAAUCCGAAUGUUGUCGUUACGAAACUGACGCCCCGCAUCGGCACUGAGAUUCGUGGCUUGCAGCUCUCGCAGCUCACGGAUGCGCAGAAGAAUGAGCUUGCGCUGCUGGUUGCUGAGCGGGGUGUUGUCGUCUUCCGGGACCAGGACUUUAAGGAUAUUGGCCCCGAGAAGCAGAAGGAGUUUGGCGAGUAUUUUGGUCGGUUGCAUAUCCACACGUCGAUACUGAUGAACGAUGACCAGCCCGUCGGCGCUCACGUCGACGGCUUCCUCGAAUUCCACAACAUCUACCUCGGCCCAGACAACCUCUAUCGCGCACAGAACAAAUCCACCAAAUUGACCACGACGGGCUGGCACUCGGACGUGUCGUACGAGCACCAGACGCCCGGCAUCACCAUCCUGACGCUGCUCGCCGUGCCGUCCACGGGCGGCGACACGACCUGGGUGUCGCAGGUCGUCGCCUACGAGCGUCUGUCGGAGCCGAUCAAGAAGCUGCUCGAGGGUCUGCGGGCUGAGCAUAGCGGGUUCCCUCAGGCAGAGAAGGCGUCGAGAGAUGGCAGGUUUGUGCGUAGAGAGCCGGUUAAGUCGUAUCAUCCUAUUGUUAGGGUUCAUCCGGUGGGUUGCCCCUGUCGAUACAUACCUCUGGUAGAUGAAUUAUCUGACGUGACAGGAUGGAUAAAGGUCACCGGCCAAAAAGCCCUCUUCGUCAACCCAGGCUUUACGAAGCGCAUCGUCGGGCUGAAAGAUGAGGAGUCGGACGCUAUUCUGAAGCUUCUGUUCAAGCACAUCUCCCAAGGCCAGGACUUCCAAGUCCGUGUCCGCUGGGACGACCGCACCGUGACGCUCUGGGACAAUCGCGUCACGGCCCACACGGCCAUCUCGGACUAUGACGUGCACAAUCCUGAGGAAGGGCUCCGGCAUGGAUUCCGUAUUACUACGCAGGCGGAGAAGCCGAGGGGGGUGAAUGGGUUGGAGUCGGAGUGGUAG